AUGGCUGAGUCGUUGAGCGUUCAGCUACACGGCGAUGACGUACUCGUCAAUGAUGAUCUAUACAUCUCCUUCCAUCGUACAGUUCGCGUGCCAGACAACCAACACAUAUCGAAUCUUCCGCCUGACUUUGGCAAAUUUCCGCUGACGCCGGUAUCUCAAUAUGCCUCCAAGAUGCGCUCAGACAUGGCUGCCAAGGGCGGCAUUUUCUUUCCCAUGUAUCAGUCUGAGGCCAUGUGGAUGAAUUUCUCCUGUAGUUAUUCUCAGAACUACAUGAUAAAGAUCUACGUUGGCGGUGUUAACGUAAUUUCUGGCGAGCCCGCAAUGGAGGGUAUGGCGACGACACUGAGGCGACGUACAAAGAUGGCUACGGUGAAUCGAGAUAGUGGCGUAGGCCGUGAUACCUCACUUCAAGAUUACAUUAUCGUUCCUGGACAACGGUGGCUUGAUGGCAUCGCUGAGUCUCCUGGAAGGGUGAAGCAGUUCGUUGCAAUGCCGUUCGGCAGUGGAUACUCUUUGGAAUCUCAAGUUACUGGCAUUGAUACAGCCGGUGGCAUCCAAUUCGAGAUCACUCCCUAUACCCCUCCGAACACAGAUCGGAACACAGAUGAUAAACAUUUUCAAAUCAUCAUGGACACGCCAUAUCCGGGGAAGUUUAGCAUCACGGUAAAGUAUGAUGAAGUUAUCAAACAAGUAAAGAAUCUCCUCUACAAGAGGACAAAAUUCCCUCCACAUGAGCAGAUCCUCACAUUUAGUGGGAAGAGACUCGAUGAUUACAAGACUCUAUCAGAUUACAAUGUUUGCAACCAACAAACCAUAUACCUGACAUUAAGGCUUCGAGGUGGAGGUAAAGUAAACAAGAAGCAGCAUCGAGAGAUGAGCAUCGCCACAGGCGGCGCAACAAAACAGUGCAUUGAGCCCGACUACUUGGGCACUGAAUGGCAGUCAAAUCUCACGACUGUAUUCAAUGUCCAGAUUCUCAACUCGAUUUAUUACGAGGCUGUCACCGGGAAGCACCCACCUACUCGACCCUUGAGUGCAGCACGAUACGCAAGGUAUGGCCUGCCGUUCUUCAAACUGUACGAAGAACCCAGCGCCGUCCACGGAAACUUUGCUAGUGUCAAAUCUAUCGCUCAGAUUGACCAGAGUGAGGAUGCGCAUGUCACACCGAGAACAGUUGACAUCAACAAAGCUCCCGUUGGCAUAAUCAACCCUCAUGGCCCACUGCGUCCAUUCCGCACUGCCGCUGAUCUCAAGAACGAGCUUCAGUCCGUGAACUCAGCUACGUUUUGA